UUAUAGAAGAAGAAGAAGAAGAAUGUUCAUGACACGUUCAUGUUGUUUUCUUUUUCAAACUGUACGUUCGGGMAAGCAGUCUUCGUGACGGGCAGCCUCCGGAGGUGAAGACUGUAAGGCAUUGAUUUAAAGCAUAAAGCAUMAUGGAGGAGGACAAUAAACCACUACUGGACCCAGUGCGUAGAGGAAGCUACACAGACAAAGCCUCCACAGAUUCACUGGACCGAGGGGCAAGGAGGCCUUUCCACGUGGAGCAUCGGAAUAUAGUGGAGAAUGACCCCUCUGAGAGGGUGUCAGCAGAGGCCUCUGUCCUCAGCAGCAGAGUGCACUACUACAGCCGCCUCGCUGCCUCCUCUGACAGACUGCUGAGCCCUCCAGACCAUGUGAUCCCCUGUCCAGAGGAGCUCUACGUGUACAGUCCUCUGGGGAUGGCCUUCAAAGUGAAUGGAGGGGACGGAGGAGCCAAAAACCCCAGCAUCAUCACUAUUUUUGCCAUAUGGAACACGAUGAUGGGGACAUCUAUACUCAGUAUACCAUGGGGGAUAAAGCAGGCAGGGUUCACGUUGGGCACCAUCCUCCUGAUCUCUAUGGGUCUGCUGACCCUCUACUGCUGUUUCAGAGUGCUCAAAUCACCCAAGUCAAUACCGUACAUCGACACGUCAGACUGGGAGUUCCCUGACGUGUGUAAAUAUUACUUUGGGAAAUUUGGCCAGUGGUCCAGUCUGGUGUUCUCCAUGGUGUCACUCAUUGGUGCUAUGGUGGUCUACUGGGUCCUAAUGUCCAACUUCCUCUUCAACACGGGCAAAUUCAUCUACAACUAUGCGCAUAAUGUCAGCAUGUCAGAUACAGAGUUUGGAACCAACGGGUCAGAAAGAGUGAUCUGCCCGUUCCCCGACACGGGGGACCACAAAGGGAACUACAGCAGCGGCAUCAGCGGCCUCUACCUGAACAACAACAACAACUACUACUAUGGCAACGACACGUCAGACACAGCCGUGUUCGACCGCUGGUGGAGCAAGACCAACACCAUCCCAUUCUACCUCAUCAUUCUGCUGCUGCCGCUGCUCAACUUCCGCUCUGCCUCCUUCUUCGCCCGCUUCACCUUCCUGGGUACACCAUAUCGGGUCUACCUCAUCAUACUGUCACACUGAAGCUAUUCGUUAGGCUUUCACCUGAGUUUCACUGUUAUGAAAUCCACUAGUCUCUACGUCCCAGAGUUCAGGCUGCUGUUCCCUCAGCUGACUGGUGUUUCUCACCCUGGCUUCUUCAUCCACAACUGCAUAAUACUUGAUGAAGAGCACAAGCACCAGGAGAACAACGUGCGGGACUUGUCUGUGGCCUACCUACUGGUGGGACUGACGUACCUAUACGUGGGAGUGUUGAUCUUUGCUGCGUUCCCCUCCCCUCCUCUGUCAAAAGACUGCAUUGAACCAAACUUCCUGGAUAACUUCCCUAGCAGUGACGUGCUGGUGUUUGUGGCACGGACCUGUCUGCUUUUCCAGAUGACCACUGUCUACCCCCUGCUGGGCUACCUGGUGCGUGUCCAGAUGAUGAGCCAGGUCUUCGGCAAACACUACCCCAGUUUCUUCCACGUUUUCACUCUGAACAUUUUCAUCGUUGGCACUGGUGUCUGCAUGGCGAAGUAUUACCCCAACAUUGGCUCCAUUAUAAGGUACUCUGGGGCGACGUGUGGCCUGGCCCUGGUCUUUGUCUUCCCCUCUCUGGUCCACAUGAUCUCCCAGAAGCGUAGAGGGGAGCUCAGCUGGCCCUCGGCCAUCUUCCACAGCUUCCUCAUUGUCCUGGGCGUGGCCAAUGUGGCAGGACAGUUCUUCAUGUAGUUAUGCCACUACUUGGUUGGUCUGUCCCUCAAUGAAGCUGGGUCGUGUUCAUUAGUCACCAAACGGAAGAAAAUGGACAAACGGGGAGGUGGGACGACUUGGUCUUGUCCAUUGUGAAAUGCUAAUUUUAGUUUUCCGAUGCAAAAUGUUUCAACUUUCUGUUGAGUGACCUGAUGAUUACGACCCGGCACAAGCCUUUUGUAUACAUUGUGUACGGUUCAGAGAGAUGCAGGAGACGGCAUACAGUGUCCAACUCUCAUGGUCUGGUUUGCACAAGGAGCAGUCUCUGGGGAAUUCAAGCUAAUGUCUUUGUCUUUCUACUUUAACUGCACGUCCUCUUCUUUUAGUGGGAGUUUCAUGUCAAUUUAGAUUGCUUUGGAUGUUUACGUUAGUUUUGCUCCCUCCACAAACAUGUUAACGCUAAUCAUUCAGACUUUUUUUUAAGGGCAUUGACUUUCACCUCAGAACUAUUCUCCUUCUUCAUGAUGGUGCAGAAAUGUUUUAGGUUAUUUCAUGUUGAUUUAAUAAUUUUUUGGUAGUUCAGUAGGACUGAGCUAGCCUUGCACAGCCUUGUUCACAUGUACUGUUCUGAUAACUAAUCUUUUGUUAUUUCCUCUUUGAGGUUCAUUUAUUUUGGGGUUUCCAUUGUAGUUCGAACAAUUUAAGCACUGUUCUCAUCAGCGUAAAAUACACUCAUAUUUAAUUUGUUUAAAUGCAAUUAAUAUGUAGAACAUAGAGUAGAAGCAACCCAAUUUGAUUAUAAAUAAUGUGUGCGUAGCUUGCUUCAAAGUAGAACAGUGCAACGGCAAGAAGUCUGUGGGAGAGUUAUCAAUAGAUAAUAAUGUGAUCAUAAUAAUAAUUCUCCAGAGUGAAGCAUUUGACUGACAAAUGUUACUGAAUUAUUCCCUUAAACACUUUCCCCUCCCUCCUAUUCUCACCCCUCUGUUUGAACACUAUACAUUCUAUAUAGUGUAUAUAUUAUUAUGGGGAAAUGCACAAAUCAUGUCCUGUAUUUAUUGUAUCUUUUUGAGGGGGAGGGGGAAUCUGGAUGGAAUUAUUUGACGUGUAAAAGCAGGGAAGCGAUUUAUUGUGGUGACUGUUUUAGGCCUUUUGAAUUUUCUUGGCCCAUGUGGAUAUUUGGGUGGGAUUAGGGAGUUCAUUUGUUCCCUGGCUCUUAAAGGGAAAUACCACUCAAACUAUUUUCAUAUUUGUUUCAUUAGUUCACUGUUGAUACGGUCCAAUAAUGUUUUGCAUGUCAGCAAUCAAGUUUAAGAUAGACAACUUUCAAAAUAAUUUGGUAUUUUUAAUCGCAUGACACUUUCUGUAUUUUUGAAAGUUCUAUAUCUUAAACUUGAUUGCUGACGUAAAACAUUUUGGAACCAUAUCAACAGUGAACUAAUGAAACAAAUAUGAAAAUAGUUUGAGUGGUAUUUUUCCUUAAAUGUAUUACAUUGUUAUUGUAAAGUUGCCCCGAGAUCCUGAUCUUGGGUCAGUUUUGUAUUUUCCCCACUAGGAUUUGGAAAGCUUAUCCAAGGGUAAACCUCAUAAUGUUCAUCUGCCAUAGUCAUUUUGGAGCACCAACUGUAUACUUGAACAAAUGGAAGCUAACUCUGUUAUGAACUUUUUGUUGUUGUUGGUUGUUGCUACAUACGGUUCUUUACUCUAAUUCUUCAGAGAAACUGCACCUUAAUGUUAUCGGAUGGAUAAAGGGAUUGUGUAGGGGUGGUGUAAUGGAGUGUACCUUCACUAAACGUUGCUUGUCAUACAAAA